AUGGCAGGGAGAAACCGCACGUUGGUGACAGAGUUCUUCCUUACUGCAUUCACGGAGUACCCGGAGUGGGGGCUGCCCCUCUUCCUGGUGUUUCUGGGUCUCUACCUGGCCACCCUGCUGGGGAACGCAGGGAUGAUCGUCCUGAUCCACAAAGAUCGCCGACUGCACACUCCCAUGUACUUCUUCCUCGGCCACCUUUCCUCCGUGGACAUGUGUUACUCCUCUGUCACUGUCCCUCAGCUGCUGCUGGUGCUGUGGGAACGCGGCUCGGCCAUCUCCCGGGCUCGCUGCGCAGCUCAGUUCUUCCUCUUCACCUUCUUUGCCUCCAUUGACUGCUACCUCCUGGCCAUCAUGGCCUAUGACCGCUACGCCGCUGUGUGCCAGCCGCUGCUCUAUGUCACCAUCAUGACCGAAAAGACCCUCUGGGGCUUGGUCACUGGGGCUUACGCUGCCGGAUUUUCCAGCGCCUUUGUUCGCACGGUCACAGCCUUCACUCUCUCCUUCUGCGGAAACAACGAGAUUGACUUCAUUUUCUGUGACCUCCCUCCACUCUUAAAGCUGAGCUGUGGGGACAGCUACACCCAGGAGGUGGUCAUUGUUGUGUUUGCCACGUUUGUCAUGCCCGCGUGUGUGGUGGUGAUCCUGGUGUCCUACCUGUUCAUCAUCGUGGCCAUCAUGAGGAUCCCCUCUGCGGGAGGCCGGGCCAAGACCUUCUCCACCUGCGCCUCCCACCUCACCGCUGUGGCUCUGUUCUUCGGCACUCUCAUCUUCAUGUACCUGAGAGACAACUCGGGCCAGUCCUCAGGGAGGGACAGGGUGGUGUCCGUGCUCUAUACUGUGGUGACCCCAAUGCUGAACCCCUUCAUCUACAGCCUGAGGAAUAAGGAGGUAAAGGAAGCUGUUAGGAAAUCCCUGAGCCGCAUAACUACCACAAGCAAGAAUAGUAAGACCCAUCUCAUCUCCUCAUACUAA